AUGGAGGCGGUGCACAUCGCCACGGCCACUGCCACCGACACGGCCCGAGUCAUACCCGGGCUCUCUGCCUCACAUAUACAAACCUGGCUGCCAGUCAAGGUGCAGCUUAGUAUGAGGAACCGUCUGUUUUCCAAAAACAUCUUUCGCACCAGAGAAAUCUGGAACAGAGGCACAACCUCGUACAAGGCCGCCUUUGUGUCUGCUCUCGUCGUUGCAGCCGCUUGCUAUCUUGUCUAUGGCCUCCUACACAGAUUAUCCUCCCACCAAGCCAAGCCCUUCCGGCCACAUGCCACCGUGCUGGUCGAGGAUGAUACCACCAAUCGCCUCGACAACCAGCUAGACAGCGACGAGUACGAGGACGAGGACGAAGAAGAAUCGUCUCGCUCUUUCGGCUUCCUUGCCAAUUCCAAGGACAGACUCGUCCUUCGUAAAAUGCUCGGCAGAAGCGAUCCCACUCUUUCCAGACGUCCCAGCAUUGUGCGCAUUGUAUCCUCUGAUCCAAGCAGCAGUCUUUGCGAACGUCCUAUGCACGUCGAUCUCGAACCUCCCACGCGUCGCUCCUUUUGGGCAGCACCUGUCUCUCACAGCCCGCCUUCCGACUCGAGCGCCCCCAACAGCCCUGUUGUACCUUCUCCCGCUCUCUCUACCACGCUUCAGCGAUCCACAUCCAGCUCGUCUGGUACGGCCGCCACAAGGCGACGCAAAGAGAGCGGCAGGCUUCACACCGCUAGCCCGAGUCGUUCCCCACUAGCAUCGGCCACCGCUCUCGCCAGCCGUCCGGCGCGCCUUCGAUCGGUAGAUGCACGAUCGCCCUUGGCCCGAACAGCUGCGAGAAGCAAGAGGAACAGCACCUCGAGCAUCAGCAGCACAGACUCUCCCAGACCAGCAGUCACUCAAGAUGCACUUGCCGCUGCUGAACAGGACCAGCUUCCAGGCACUCCAAGCAUCACCUCUGAAGCCUCUUCCCUUUCGGCAGCUCUGGGUCACUCUUCGGCGUUGGCCGAUGACUACGACGCUUCUGCAUGCUCAUCGCCCACGUCGAGCACCUUUUCCCUCGCCAGAGCCCCUUCAAUCCUCAAACGUCGGCCACAAUCCUUUCGCACCGCCUCAUUGCGAGAGAUCGACAUCUCGUAUAGCCUGAUGCAACGCAGACAGUCUUUGCCUACACUUGCCGCUUUAGCGCCGGGCGCCGAGUCAUCCUUUUCGCAACAACAGCAGCAAGAGCUUUGGCACGCUAACGGCAUCCUCCAGCCUUUCGGUCCUGGCUCUCCUCCCCCGCCGCCCUAUCAGUCUUGCAUCGCCCAAAUUGGCCCAGGUCCAUCGGAAACCGAAACACUCUGGCCGCGAAACGCCAAAGCUCGGAGCAUCAAGCUCGUCGAACCAGAUUGGCGUCCUCACACCGAAUCUCACAUCCGUGCGCGCGAACGUCUCGAAACAGCAUCACGCUUCGCAGCUUUCAAAGCCAGCGCGAUGCGACCCGCCCCAGACACGAAAUUUGACCAGGUCGACCUGGAUUCAGACGAAUUUUGGUUCGAACGCUUCACCCAAAGCACGGCGGCGGCAGGCAGGGAUUGGGACUGGAGAAAGAGGAGGGCUCGAUUACAGCGAGCCGCUGCUCUCGGUAUGGCCCUCGGCCAGAGCAGUCUGGCUACUCAACCCAGCCCGAAUCUGCCAGGAAAUGUGGGCAUGACAGACGUGCAUCUCCAACAGCGAUCGCAGCAAGCAGGCGCAACCAUCCCGGCGUCACAGACAGCAUCGUCCGCUCGCAAGCAGAUGCGGGCUGCUCCGCUCAUUACAUUCACAGAGCAAGAGCUCAAGACGACACCCGUUUUACAGGUAGACACCGCAUCUUUGAGCCCUACAGUGACUCAAGGUAAUGGCACGCCCAUGAGCCCCACGCCAAGCGGCAUGGGCACCCCAUUGGGCGGGAUCUUUGGAGCUGCCGGCUAUUCCGAAGACAGUGUAGACAGUGUGGACGUGGUCAAGGCCGCGCGUGUAGCACAGCGCAGACGUGCUAGCGAAGACGCCGGCUCUGCAGCCACCGAUCGAUCGCGAAGGGGUGUCGUGAACAAAAUCACUCGUCGAAGAGUGUCAGCGUCGGCCGCGGCUAGCAUCCCCAGCUCGCCGGGUCCAUCAUCGCAAAGUGAUGGACCAUCCACCUCGUUCAACGCCGAAGGCUUUGCUACCUCGCCUCUUCGCGAAACAUCGGCAUCUCCCCUUUUCAACCAAAUGCACGGCUUCAUCGGCAGCAGCAGCAGUAGCAGUAGCGAAAUGGAUCUGCACGAUCCGUACGAGACUGAAACACUUCCAUCUACAGGCAUGUCGUCGAGUUACAGCGUUCCUGGCCGGCUCAGCAGCCUAAGCGGAUCGGUGGGUAAGAAGGUCGGCUUGACAAAUUUGCGUGUAGGCCUGCGAACAGGCUCUGCUUCCAGUGCAAGCGGUAAUGGGUUUAUGCCAAACGCAAGUGGCAUCGACUUGGUGCCAACUUCGCCGGACCUGGACGCGCAAGAGACGAUGGAUGGCACUGGCUAUUCGGAGGCCACACCAUCGCCAGAAGGACCCAGAAGCAGUGCUGAUGCGUAUAGCUACGCCACAGCUUCCUCCGAAGAAACGGUGCCACCGUCAAUGCACCGAUCAUCACGCAAGAACGAGUUGCGUCGUGUGGAAAAGUGGGAUCUGAACGAAGCAUCGCUUGGCAAUUCGAAUCCGCCCUUGUUCCAUGGUGGAUCGUGCUUUGCAAGGCAAGCUUCGGCACCUGCUGCAUCCCUGUACCAGGAGCUACGACAGGAUGUGGAGCGAGGCUCGAUUUCACGCGAAUCCAACGAUUCCGAUUCGCUGAGGCGGAGGAUGCGUGCACGCUCACAGACCGAGUCUGCAUCGUUGGACAGCGGCUCGUUGAUUGCGAUGCGGAACAGCGCCAUUGCUGCUAGCAAGGAUGGGAUCGCAGCGCUGGCUGCGGGCAUCCCAACUUCGACUCCGCCGGCAGUCAAGUCGAGGGCGAGGAACGGAUCGCGGUCGAGCAUCAUGCGUAGUGCAUCAGGCGCGAGCAGCGAUCUGAACCGAAGCGCGAAACGGCGCUCUUCACUGCGUCCGGGUAGCUCUCUGGGGUCGGAUACGUCUUCGAUCACGUCGUCGAUUGUUGGCGGCGGUUCUGGAUCGCGCACUGGAUCGCUGCGUCAUAGUUCAUCGCCCGUGCGCUCGCGCAGAGACAGCUGUGGCGGCGUGCCCGAUCCGCAGAUGCAGCCGGAACCGGCACCACGAGGCAUGGCGCAGAGGGCGCGCAGCGCAAGCAUCAGCAGCAACGCUUCUAGCCUGGCGUCGGCCAACAGCAGUAGGACGGCGAGCAGGCGCAACAGCUUCAGGGACGCCGGAGGCGCAGCAAGUCUGUUGGGUCUGAGCAUGACGAGCAGCAACCCAGCCACUCCCGGCGCUGAAGCUGAGAGGCGUACGGACCCGUUUAGUAUGACGGCUAUUUCGACGUAG